UCCUUACUAUAUAUAAGAGGUUUCUCACCUGCCUUAACUACCCACAAGAGGAAAGAAGAAACCAAACCCCAUGGAAGAUCAAAGACAUGAUUACUCAAGAAACAACAACAAUGACAGAAACAAGGAGGCAUUAUAUCCAACACCAGAAGGCCUAGAACUAAAGAGCUUCAAAUCAUUUCUCACGUGGGUCUGUCUAGACCAGUCCAACAAGUGGAGAGCCGGGCUCUCGGCCUCGAUCUUCUUCGUUCUGGCAAUCGGGGUUCCGAUUGUUUCCCACUUCGUGUUCUCGUGCUCGGGUUGCGAUGCAAAACACAGGAGGCCUUACGACGGAAUUGUUCAGUUGUCUCUGUCUUUCGUUGCCUCGCUUUCGUUUUAUAGUCUGUCGUCCUUUGCUCAUACCUAUGGGCUUCGGAGGUUCUUGUUUCUUGACAAGUUGGGGGAUGCUAGUGAGAAGGUCAGACAAGGGUAUACUCAACAGCUCCGUUUGUCAUUGAAGCUCCUCUCUGCUUUCGUCCUCCCCUGUUUCCUCGCCGAUAGCGUCUACAAAAUCUGGUGGUUCAUCUCCGGAGGAACAAACACGCCCUACUUCGCCAACCUCUACGCGAGCGACGUCGUAUCAUGCACGUUACAGCUCUUUUCGUGGCUAUACCGAACAUCAAUCUUCAUCCUCGUGUGCGUCCUCUUCCGACUUAUUUGCUAUCUCCAGAUUCUCAGACUCGAAGACUUCGCUCAGGUCUUCGAGAAAGAAUCCGACGUGGGGUCAAUCUUGAUCGAGCACCUCGCCAUCAGAAGAAAUCUAAGGAUCAUAAGCCAUCGGUUUCGGGUUUUCGUUUUGUUGGCUCUGGUUUUGGUUACCAUAAGUCAGCUUGCGUUCCUGGUUGUUACGACCAAGUCUGAUGAUGUUGUUAAUAUCUACACUGCUGGAGAACUCGCGUUGUGCUCCAUAACCUUGGUGACGGGGCUCUUCAUAUGCCUGCGCAGCGCGACGAAGAUCACACACAAAGCACAGGCCGUGACGUGCCUUGCUGCCAAGUGGCAUGUCUGCGCGACAAUCGAGUCCUUCAAUGAGUCGGACGGUGAUUCUCCGAGUGCCAAUGUGGUUUCUUCACCCCGAAUGUACCCAGUCAAUGGCAAUUCAGCAUCUGAUAAUGAAGAAGCAGAUGGAGAUGAUGUCCUUGAUAACACCAAAAUGGUGCCAAUAUUUGCGCACACAAUCUCCUACCAAAAGAGGCAAGCCCUUGUGACAUACUUCGCAAACAACAGGGCAGGGAUAACAGUGUUUGGAUUUAUGCUGGAUAGGACAUGGCUCCAUACCGUAUUUGCAAUUCAGUUGACUCUAACUCUUUGGUUGCUUAAUAAGACCGUUGGUAUGUAAUGAUCAGCUUUACACACACAGUUUAUUGUUUGUCUAUCCAAAAUCUUUUACUCCUUUCAGUUGUAGAGUUAUUUGUCUAUGGGAGAUAUAUGGAAAUGGAGAAAGUGAUAAAGAUGCUUGGUUC